GACUGAGAAGCUAAGGACCGAUCAGAAUACUAGCUCAAUUGUGAAAGAUCGGUACAAGUGUAGUUCGUUUUCAAUUUUGAAACUGGCGUCUAAUAUAUAGAGUAUACGGACAUAUAUAUAAUAUAUAUAGGAGAUCAUAUUGAGGGAGAUGAGAAAAGGGAGAGCAGCAUGCUGCGAUAAAGGUAAGGUGAAGAAGGGGCCAUGGAGUUGUGAGGAGGAUCUUAGGCUCAUUUCUUUCAUUCAGAAGCAUGGUCACCCCAACUGGCGCUCCCUCCCUAAACAAGCUGGGCUACUGAGGUGUGGAAAGAGUUGCCGUUUGAGGUGGAUUAAUUACCUAAGACCUGACGUAAAGCGAGGAAAUUUCACUCCAGAAGAAGAGUACACUAUUGUCAAAUUGCACCACUCUUUGGGAAACAAGUGGUCAAAGAUUGCAUCUCAUUUGCCUGGAAGAACAGAUAACGAGAUUAAAAAUAUAUGGAAUACACGCUUAAAAAAACGAUUCAAGAAUGCAGAAUUAGAUGGUUGUGCUAAUUCAUUUUCCCCUCCUUCUUCAUCAACUUCGGUAGUGUCACAUACUGCCAAUGAGGGAGAAUUCAAGAACGUCAAUGAUGACAAUAUGAUAACAGAGAAAGAAGCAUCAAAAUCUUGCUCUCCUACUUCUUCCUAUGCCUCAAAUCUUUCCAAUUUAAGCCAAGUUGAGAUUUCAGGUCCAAAUGUAGAUAUGGAUUGGAUAUUCCAACUGAAUGAGGAGCCUAAUCUUGAGUACUUUCCAUGUAUCACCGCGGGAAAGGUGCAUGAUAAUGAGGGGAUGAUUGAAAUCCCAUUGGAAGGAUCUGGAAUUGAUUUUUGGGACAUGUUAGAUAUUAUGAGCCCUUCUCCUAAUUCAGAGUCCAAAUUGGACAAUCAUUCUGAGGGGUCUGAUCAGCCAGUUUGCCAAGGCAUAUCGGAAUUUGAAUGCCAAAAUUGGAUGAGAUACUUUGAAAAUGAACUGGGUCUUAAGUAAGACUACUACUGCGUCCAAUUAAUGUUACAUCCCAAGACGAAGAAGCCCGUCCUCCCAUUAAUUACUCCCAUGCAAUUAUUUAACUUUGGUCCUUCACCACCUUCAAAUAUUAAUACUAUUAGCAAUUAUUAGCUAGCUAGAGAAUAAAAGCAACCUAAGAAGCAGACGUUUAGAAUUUAGAAUUUAGGGUUCAAAUGUUAAUAUUACUUGUAUACUACAGAAAGAUAAUUAGUGCAAAGCGUGCGUCUCCACACAAGGAAACAGUUGGAAACCCGCCUCUUUC